AUGCCACGUCCCCAGCCUGCUUCUCGCACCCCCACUUUGGGAGAGGCCGUGCUCAUCCGAAACGCUUUAGCUCGUAACCUAGACGAGGUUACUGAUAACUCAGCUGGGUUUCCAGAAAACAGAGACAGCAAGGGGAACCCCAUAUCUUGGCAGGGCCAGUGGGCAGGUUUAGACGCCGGUCUAGAAGCGGGUUAUCAGUGGGCUGUUCUGCCAGACAACGCAGAUAACCAGGCAGGUUACGAUGACGAUAGCGACGAGACCGGGCGCCAUGCAGAGUGGCAGUCUGCAUCGCACGAGAGCUCGGAAGGGGGUUCCGCUAACCGAGUGGUUAGCGGAGAGGAGCGGCGCUCGCUCUCCGAGCUGCGCCAGACCAGGGCGGGAGGGAAAUUGGUUUGGACAGUUCCCGAGCUCAAACCCGAGCGGGUUAGGGGGAGGGCCGAGCGAGACUGGUUGCAAAGCCCCGGGACUGCCUUUGACCAGCCCUUAACCACCGCUUUUAACCGUCCACUUACCAGCUUAGACGGCCACAGUCACAAUGCAGACGGCCAAGAGUCAAGAAGAAGUCAGACCGCUUGUGGACACCGUGAAAGCACUAGAGGGGGCCCAGUCUCAUCCGAACGGCGCGCACAAACUUCGAUGGGUAGGCAUCGGAAUAGUCAUGGGGCAGAGGGGGGUGACGUCAUUGCUGACAUCAUGAAUGACGUCACUUCGCGCGGGCAAGUACCCAGGUCCGAAGCGGUGUCCGGGCUGUUCCGGUCGUGCCUCGCGCUCGAGGGGCGGCUUCGGACCUUGGAGCUGCUUUCUGGAGGGGGGGUGCCGGGAACAAGCAAACUUGGGGAAAUGCCCGGCUCAAACAACUUGGGGAGACGGCGGGGUUUCGAGGGUUUGAGUCGGCGCCCGCAUACUGCUUUUGGCGAGGCGGAGUUGAAGGCGAACGGCGCGGGCGGAAGCUCGGUGAAACGGCCAGCCACGAGUAUAGGUGCGCCGAUGCGAGGUAGCGGGUAUGUCGGGGGUCGCUUUGCAAGGAGCCAGUCAAAGGAGUAUUACUUAGGGUCGUCUAGCCACAGUCGUCCAGUCGAAACCUCUAUGUAUUUUACUGAAAACCUACGAACCGAAAGCUCAGAGGCCGUAACCGGAUUCCUGAACCAGACCCAGGUCCGUCAAACCGUGCACCGGAUCUCGGACCUCGCUGCGGAAAUGGGAGGAAUCCUGCAGGGCUACUCAGACGAAACCAGACGGUUGGCCGCGGUUAUGAUAACCCGGUUCGUUCGGGGCUUCCUCUGCCGGAAGCGCUUCCGAGAGGGGCGGAAAGCGCUGCGGGACUGGCGCGCAGAGGAGUUCGGGCCGGUCCGGAGCCUGCUGACGUCAUGGUUGCGUAAGCGCGCGGGUCAGGAGGUGCGCAUGAAAGUGAUACAGGCGGUGCGGGGCCGGCGGGUGGCGGAGGCUGCUUUCCGGGCGUGGACCGGAGCGGUACUGGUUUGUCGAGAAGAGCGCGCGCAGUCCAUGGUACGCGCCGUGAGGCUCCAGGGCGAACACCUGCAGAGGCGCGGGGCGAAGGCGCUCCGUGCGUGGCGGGACAUUGCGAUUGGGCCUCAGAGCCGCACAAAGUGCGUCGAGAACCAUAAACGCCGGUGGGAAGAAGCGCGCGCGCGGCUGCUUCUGCUGGCGGAACAGAAGAGCUGGGCGGGCGGCGUCACGGACGAAAUGGUCGCCGAGGAUCUGCACGCGGCCGCGGUGCGGAAGCUGCGCGAGCGCGCGCACGCGCGCACGCUGGGGCGUACCUUCCGGGAGUGGAAGAAGCUGACGUACAUUCGGCUGGGCCUAGCGCGCUAUCAAGGGCGACUUAAGAGAGCGGUUCUCCAGGAGUUAGUCGCCGUUAUGUGGGACAAGCGCGCGCGCGUGGGCGAGGCGAUGUGGGCUCGCCGGAAGAUCCACCGGGAGGCGAAAUUGCUCGGAAGGCGGAAGCGGCUCUGGGGGGUCUGGGACACGUGGCACGCGGAGGUGCAGCGCGCGCGCAUGUUGCGCACGUUCUUGUCACAGAAAGAUAAAAGUCACGGCCUGCGCGCUCUUCCUAUCGCCUUCCGCCGCGACCAAUCUGCGGUUGACACGUGGACGGAAACGAUAGCGGAGUGCAGCACCUGGAUCGCCGUGGAGGCGACAGCUGUCGCGCGCGCGUUCCGCCGGUGGCAGGCGUUCCGGCGGAUGCAGGAGACGCUGCGCGCGCUGCAGGAGGCGCGCAUUCAUCCCGUUCGAUCUGUCAAGGGACGAGAGCUGCUGCGGGUCGUCUUUACCGCGUGGCUGGAGACACAGUGGCCGAAGCGGGGUGCAACAGGUGACGUCAGGGGCAGCUCGAGUGACGUUAGCACGUCACGAAAGCCGCCAGAAACGGCGAGCCAGGAGGAGCCAGCGGGGGGGUCCAACAUGCGGGGCCCGGACCCCCCGGCGAGCGAGAAAGAGGCCCACUCAAGGAGAAGACAGUCUGUCGGUUCAAUGCGAGCAACGACGGAGGCGCUGAAAGCGGCGCUCCUGGAAAGACGGUACGAACCGCCGGAGGACAGCCACGCCCCCGCAGACGCUGAGCUUCGACGCUUGCGGGACAUCUUGGCGAGGCUCGAAAUGGACAGAGAGGACGUUACAAACUGA